AUGACAGCCGCCUACAACACCAAUCAGGAUGACUUUCUCAGCGAGGUCGAACACUCGAUCUUCGCCUUAAACUACCCUCAAGCAAACCCUUCAUCAUCAGCAUCAUCAUCCCCAUCUACUACUGAUAACAUCGCCACAUCACUAUCGUCAAGCAUUCACCACCCACUGCUUCCUAUACAUCCCGGCAUCAAUAACACAUACCAUAUUCAAAACCUAAACUCUCCUGUUGCAUCGGGAUUUUCUCCUCAAGCCAUUUACAUCACUCCUGGGACCCAUCAUGAUUUUGCCAACAUGCGUCAAGCUGUCAAUGCAAUGCCUCUAUCUUACAUUCAUAAUAAUAAUCACCAAAUAAAUGCAUCACACAAUAUCAACGGAAUAACCUUCAAUGAUUCUAGUACUCACAUGGUUCCUGUGGCCGAUUUUGGCUCUGAUCCAGUUAACAGUAAUACUUCAGGAUUCCAAAAUAUCCAACCACAUCAACUAUCAGUCAUUAAUCAACGUUCUUCUUCGCAAACCAUCAUGGCUUCUUCAGACAUAUCAGCAUAUAAAAAAGUGGGGCCAGCACAUACAGAUGCAAUUCCAACUUUGCAUGAUACUUCUGGAUAUAUUGACGGCAGUGUCAUUAUAGAUCAAGAGCUGCGGUCACUUCCUAUAAACACCCCGAGAAAAAUGGAAAUUACUACUGAUACCACUGUUUCCAAUAGUCCUAACAUGUCAUCUACGUAUAAAAAAUUGGUGCCAAUUCAUGAAUAUUCGGAAAUUAGCGUUGCAGAUCUUGCAGCAUCCUCCAGUUCCCUCAAUUCUGAUGUUAGCUCUCAAUCGUUGGAAAAUAAGAAUCCUGAUAUUCAUGCCAUGUACAAGAAUCACACUAGUAUAUUUAAUGGAGUUAUACCCAUCAGUAAUCCACAGAAAAUCACAAUGCAUAAUUAUCUACCCGGAAGUUUAUCUCGUGAACCUUCCGCAAGAUUCAAUAUUUCAAGCUCUGCUUCUUCUUCCUCUGCUUCAUUAUUAUUGUCGAAUCCUUCGAAUUCGGUACGAUCCUCAAUAUCUAGCGCUACCAAUGCUGUCGAGAGCUCAGUCUUGACGAAUACGAAGAAACAUAAUCGAUCUUCGAAUUCCCUUGCAUCGAUUGAUUUUCGGUUUAACAACUUACAAAUAGAUACUGAUAAUCAAGAUCUUUCUUCCGGUACGGCUCCUCUCAUCUCCAAUGAUUGCAAUAUAAAUGAGGCAAAAACUUCCCACAUGGAUGUCAAUAUUGAUCAUAAUCAUGAUAGCGAAGAUUUUGUUAUGGGUUCAAUUACCAUUAAUCCAAAGAAGUUGAAAGAUGAGAAAUUUCAGGAAGAUACUGAAAAUUUGGAAUCAAAGAAAUUUGAUAAGCAGGUCAGAAUUUCAUCGAGUCUUAAUGCUGAUGGGAAUUCAUUAAAUGGUGUUUUUAAUGAUGAUAGUUUGGUACCCAGUGGUAAUUACAAAAAUAUUGACAAUCAUAAAAGUAUGAAUGUUGCUAAGGACAGUGAUAACAAUAGUGAUAAUUAUUGUGAAAAUAAAGAUGACUUUAUAUCACCAACAAUAACUAACCUGAUGAAAGAUGAUGGCAAAAUUGAUUUUAGAAUGCAAGGAGAGGCCGUGACCGCCAUCGCGCAGUGGUUAGACCAAGACUCAGAGACUGAUCCUGAGACUUCAUUACUACUACGUCGAGAAAAUGCAAAAUUAGGAAGUAUUAAUCAUUCAGGGAUUCAUAGAACCGGAUCUUUCCUUCUUGAGCUGUCAUUAUCAUCAGCCCACUACAAUGGUUUGGCAAGCGGACUGUCUCAUAGAAUGAAACAUAAAAAAGCUGCCAGUGAUUCAGGGUAUUUCAUGCUGAAUUUUGGAGUAUCAAUUUAUACUAGUGGCAACCCAUUUGAGUUGGAGGGUAGCAGUAAUCCUAAUGUUUUUGGAGAAUUUUAUGAUACGUUUGGCAACGAAUUAGAGAAUCGGUUGGCCACCAAUGAUGAGUUCUUAUUUGAUGAAGAUGAUGAGGACAAAAUUCGGGUUGAUGAAUUAGAAAAUAAAAUGGCUAAAGAUAUUGAUAGCGAAAAUGACGCUGAUGAUUACGAUCAUAAUACCUCGCAACUUGAGAAUAUGAAGGAGGAGAUAUUAUCGUACCCAUCGAUAAAAGAUACCCCAAAAAUAGUUGGCUCCAUUCCUGUGGAGUCGUCUUCCAGGCUUUCCAGAACUUCGAAAUCCCUCAAAAAUUUAUCGAAAUUUGAAUCCCCAACGGAAUUAUCAUCAAAAGAAACAAAGCGGAAAAGCCUCACAAAACGUCGUAAACGUACAAAAUCAGAGUCUAAUAUUCUUCUGUUACUGGAUCCAGUGUCUCCACUUUCAAAAAUCACCAAAUCUAGACCAUCAACCAAGAGUUCUGUGAGUUCUUCGAGCAUAAAUUCUGGGUCAAGCUCUCCCACAAUGGCAAUUAUCAGCUCCUCUAGAUUUGAUAUCACAAGCUUGGAGGCUAUUAGUAUUCCAUCCGCGAAUCUUGGAAAACCUUUCCAAUGCUCGCAAUGUGAGAAAUCAUUCAAAAGACAAGAGCAUUUAAAGCGUCACUUCCGUUCGGUGCAUAGUAAUGAGCGACCUUUUCUAUGUGUCUAUUGCGAUAAAAAGUUUAGUAGAAGUGACAAUUUAUCGCAGCACUUAAGAACCCACAAUAGGGGUAAAUAG